CUUACAUAGCACAACGUAAGUAUCUACGUUGUGUGUUCUGUGGCAAGUAGAUACCCUUAGGAUCUGUAGGGUGUGCUAUAAAGUGUGCCCGAUUGAUAUGCCACCAGCCUAAGUUCUGUUCACGGAGGGUUCGGAAUAGUGCAUAGUGCCGUCGUCUAUAUUACAGAUUAGAUAUAGCCCAGAAUUCACGACAGACCAAUCCGCCUAUCCGGAGCUUGUGCACGUGAUCGAUAGGCCGGGCAAUCAACAUAGUACACGCGUAUGUAAUUUAAUACGUACAAACACUACACAGACAUAUACAUCUAUAUAUAAAAACAUAGGUCUUAGAACAUGAGCUACCAAUACUUGAAGAACAAUGUCCUGCUGGGCGUAUUCGGCGUCACAAGCUUCUGCUUCAUAACGACGCACGUGGCUGUAGUACUGUGCAUUAAUGGCAAUUCCAUGGAGCCCACUCUCCUUGAUGGCGACCGCGUGCUCGUGGCGAAAUGGGACCGUCCGGUCCGUUUCGACGGAAGGCAAUCAUCGAGAUACAACCCCACAAGAGGAGAUAUAGUUGUGCUUAGAUCACCACAGAAGCCCAAGGAACGACUGGUGAAGCGAAUCCUGGGCUUUGAGGGGGACGUGAUCAGAACAAGACCCUCUGUCGAUAAAACCGAAACAGUCCGCAUCAACCCAGGCCAGAUGUGGAUAGAGGGCGAUAACAGCAGGGGAAGCAUGGACUCGAAUACUUACGGACAGAUGCCAAUUAAUCUAAUCGAAGGGCGCGCUGCCUUCAUCCUAUACCCGUGGGGCCGAUUCGGAAGGUUACAAAAUCGUCCACCUCCAAACACACGCUUCGUCAGGAAAGGACGGAACUACGACUAGCCAAUAAAGUAAUCAUUCCAACUGUGAUAUGAC